GCCAAGAUAACUGACGGAGUUGUAUCGGGGUAACUUCCGGCGUUUUGUCCGAGAACCGGGUGGGUAGUAAGUUCCCGGAGCGGGGGGUAUGUAUGCAUCCCAAGAAUCGCUGGCAUUAACCUAGACACACAGACACAAUAACUUAUUAUAAGAAAUAACUCAUAAGAUUAUAACGUAACGAAGAAGAAGAGUCUAGUUCUUUGGUAAUAUUGUGGCUGUAUGGGCUAAGUGUAAAUUGCCUAUCUAUCACAGCUAUCCCGACCCAUGUAUUAGGUUAAUUGACUUGAACUAAUAACGUCCAACUUCUCAUCACGCCGAGACGUAAUUAACAUGAUCCCUUUACUUUUCCAGGCCCUAAUUAUUGCUGGCGCAGAGGCUGCGUCGAAGCCACAGAUGGGAUGGAAUUCUUGGAAUACAUUCAAGGCCAACAUAAACGAAAGCCUAAUUCAGGAUACCGCAGCUGCUCUGGUUAAACUAGGUCUGGCGGAGGCCGGUUAUGAAUAUGUAAUGAUAGAUGCCGGCUGGCAAGCCGACACAAGGGCAGAGAACGGGCAACAGCAGGCUAAUGCGUCAACAUUUCCUUCUGGAAUCAAAAGUGUAGCUGAUUAUGUCCAUGAUCUUGGGUUGAAACUUGGUAUAUAUAGUGAUUCCGGCAUAUACGAUUGCGACUUUCACCCGGGUAGUUGGGGCUAUGAGGAGCUCGACGCGUACACCUAUGCGUCUUGGGGGGUUGAUUAUCUGAAAUACGAUAAUUGCGGUGGCUUUCAAGCUGGUACCAUCUCCAGUCAAGAGAGGUUCCAGAAAAUGGGCCAGGCGUUAAAAACAUCCGGGAGGAACAUCUUCUAUGCUCUGUGCCAAUGGGGCCAUCAAUUCCCUUGGUACUGGGCCGACCAGAUUGCCGAUUCAUAUCGAAUGUCAGGAGAUAUCUACGCAUCCUUUGCAUCCGACAAGUCUGGUGUAUGCCAGACGGCAUAUUGCCUGAACACAGGUUAUGCAGGCGUAAGCGUCCUAACAAUGAUUCGUAAGAUGAGAGAGAUCUCUCCUUUCCAGAAACUUGGAUCGUGGGCCGAUAUGGACAUGCUGGAAAUUGGCACGAACACCAUGACCGAAUUUGAAGAGCAAACUCACUUUUCAUUUUGGGCUGCUCUUAAAUCACCAUUGAUUAUCGGUGCGGAUAUUACCAACAUAUCAGAAUCAUCGCUUGUGAUCUUGUUGAACAAGGAAGUCAUCGCUAUAUCCCAAGAUGAAUUGGGUGUCGCCGCCACUUACAUCCCUGAUCUAUCCACUGAGGGAUCAAUACAGGUUUGGGGAGGUCCACUGAGCCAUCAAUACGUUGUGCUCGCUCUCAAUUAUGGUAAGGAGACGGCAAACGUCGACUUGAAAUUGCAAAACCUACCGGGGCUGGAUCAAUUGGAAGAUGUCCGUCUGGAGGAUGUAGCCGUACAUCAGACGAAGGUCUUACUCAUAUCUUGUUAAGAGAUAGGGGUAUGAGUAUAAAAAGAGCCGGUGCCCCUGGUUUGGGACACAUCU